AUGAAGUAUUUGAUGCAACAGCUAAAACUGAAAAAGAAAGGCAUUGUUUACAUGGAAAAUGAUUGGGGAACAUUUGAAGAGUUGCAGGGAAUGAAGUAUUUGAUUCUUCUUGAUGAAGUCUGUCACAUCAUUGAUCCAGAUAAAAUAAUAAUGGGAAUCCAAAAUAACCAGAAUGACUUCAAGGUGAUCAUAGCAAGCAGAUACCAUCGUGUUUGUUAUGACAUGGGACUUCAUGAGCUAAGCCUUGUGGAAGGAUUGUCACCUGAUGAUGCUUGGAACAUGUUCCAGGCAACAGUGGGCCAUCUCCUUUCUUUCCCCUCAAUUGAAUCAAUCGCUAAGGAGGUGGUUAAAGAGUGUGAUGGUUCGCGGCUGCUGAUAGACAAAGUAGCAAGAACCUUCAGAAAGAAGGGAAGAUAA